CUCCGCCGCACGCCUGCUCCCUUCCCGCCCUCUUCGUCACGUGAUAGAGGUACGGCACCGUCACGCUUCGCGUCAGCUGGUAAUGCCGGAAGUACUGCGCGCUGGAGCCGAAUUCUCUUUGCCUGUAUGUUUAAUAGUGAACUGCAAUCAUGGCAGCAGUCAGCAAUGAGUCCCACCAUCCUGUGGAUCCUGGAAGUUCAAAGCUGCAGUUUGCUCCCUUCAGUAGUGCCUUGAACGUAGGAUUCUGGCAUGAACUAACCCAGAAGAAGCUCAAUGAGUACCGAUUAGAUGAGACUCCAAAGGUUAUCAAAGGGUACUACUAUAAUGGCGAUCCAUCAGGUUUCCCAGCUCGUUUGACGUUGGAAUUUAGUGCCUUUGACAUGAAUGCUGCAAUACCAGCACGUUGCUGUCCUGCUUUUGGAACGUUGUAUAAUACCAACACUUUCGAGGCUUUCAAGUCCUGUGAUAAAAAAUCACUUUUGGAAAAAGAAGCAAAUGAGAUAUGGGAAUCAAUAAAAUCUGGAGCUGCACUUGAAAACCCUCUGCUCUUGAACAGGUUCCUGCUGUUGACAUUCGCAGACCUGAAAAAAUAUCAUUUCUAUUACUGGUUUUGCUACCCUGCUCUCUGCUUCCCUGAUGGAAUACAUAUAGUUCAGAAACCAGUGUGUCUUGGUGACCGGUUCUCUUUAAAUCAGAUUCAAGCACUUCAGAAAGCGUAUGAUGAACUUUGCCAGUCAGAAGGGGUUACAGCCUUUCCUUAUUUUUUAAUCAAGUAUCAUGACAAUUCAGUGGUUGUAUCUCCACUCAAAAAAUGGGAUGGUUUCUUUCAAGACCAAGAGGGAAAGGUGACAGUUGGAGUUUAUGAUCCGUGUAAUUUAUCUCACUAUCCAGGAUGGCCACUGCGAAAUUUCCUGAUCUUGGCAUCACAUAAAUGGGGCAAUAUUCUCCAGUCAAUUGAAGUGCUCUGCUUCAGAGACAGGACCAUGCAAGGGGUGAGAGACAUAACACACAGCAUUAUCUUUGAAAUAAAACUUCCACAAGGAGCAUUUGGCCCAGAUUGUCCAAAAGCUGUUGGAUGGGAGAAAAACCAGAAGGGAGGCAUGGGUCCAAGGGUGGUCAAUCUCAGUGAAUGUAUGGAUCCAAAAAGGUUAGCAGAAUCAUCGGUGGAUCUUAAUUUGAAAUUGAUGUGCUGGCGGUUGGUCCCUACUCUUGAUUUGGAAAAAAUUGUGUCUGCCAAGUGUCUGCUGCUAGGAGCUGGUACGCUGGGUUGUAGUGUGGCAAGGACUUUGAUGGGUUGGGGAGUUAGGAAGAUUACAUUUGUUGACAACGCAAGGAUUUCAUACUCCAACCCAGUGCGACAGCCGCUGUAUGAAUUUGAAGACUGUCUCAGUGGUGGGAAGCCUAAGGCACUUGCAGCUGCAGAAAGACUUCAGAAAAUCUUCCCAGGAGUGAAUUCAGAAGGCUAUAACAUGAGCAUCCCUAUGCCAGGCCAUCCAGUGAAUUUUUCAGAAGUAACAAUGGCACAGGCUCGGAAGGAUGUGGCUACACUUGAAGAGCUUAUUGAUGCUCAUGAUGUUGUUUUCCUACUAAUGGACACUAGAGAGAGUCGAUGGCUUCCUGCUGUUAUUGCAGCCAGCAAGAGGAAGCUGGUCAUCAAUGCUGCCCUGGGGUUUGACACGUUUGUCGUUAUGAGACAUGGACUGAAGAAACCCAAACCGCAAGAAACUGGCAGCGCAUGUUUCAGCACUGCCCCUGGUCCUUCUGACCUUUUGGGCUCGUCGCUCUUUUCAAAUAUCCCUGGCUACAAGCUGGGCUGCUAUUUCUGCAAUGAUGUUGUGGCACCAGGGGAUUCCACCAGGGAUCGAACACUGGAUCAGCAGUGUACAGUCAGUCGACCUGGGUUAGCCAUGAUAGCCGGAGCUCUUGCAGUGGAAUUAAUGGUUUCUGUUUUACAGCAUCCAGAAGGUGGUUAUGCUGUGGCCAGCAGUAGUGAUGAUAGGAUGAAUGAGCCACCUACUUCUCUUGGGCUUGUUCCUCAUCAGAUCCGUGGUUUUUUAUCAAGAUUUGAUAAUGUUCUUCCAGUCAGUUUGGCAUUUGAUAAGUGCACAGCCUGUUCCCCCAAAGUCCUCGACCAAUAUGAACGUGAAGGAUUUAAUUUCCUAGCUAAAGUUUUUAAUUCCUCGCAUUCCUUCUUAGAAGACUUGACAGGUCUAACUUUAUUACAUCAAGAGACGCAGGCUGCUGAGAUCUGGGACAUGAGUGAUGAUGAAACAGUCUGAAAAUCAGCUGAAUAAGGUGGAAGAUGACCUACUUUGAACAGCAUUGCUGCCUUUUAUCUGUUAUUCGACAAGUUAAUGAUUGCUUACCCAUGACUAUAAUGAAUAUGAACAAUUGUAAACCACAUACUGACAUGAAUAUCUUCACUGUGAAAGCAGUCUUUUCUGGAUAUAACUCUCCGUAUUUUCAUUUUUAUUAUGUAAAUAACCAAAAUAAUGUGGUUAUGUUUAAAUCUUAUUCCUUUUUUUUUUUUUUUCCCCAUUUUCUUAAUAAGACAUACAUAAAAUUUGCUGCUUAAGUAAACUUUGGUAUCUCAUUUGUUCCAUUUUUUGUUUUGCUUCUCAGCAGACAUGUCUAAGUAGCUUGUCUAAAUGUUUUUUUCUUCAUCUUUCCAACACUUGUUCACCUUUAAUUAGAGUUCAUUAUUAAGAUUGAGAAUAUUCUCCUGUUGAGAAAUAAACUGCAUCUUUAUUUAUGGGAGAGCAGGAGUAGGUUGAAAACCUACACUUGCAGUGUAUAUCACAUUGCUUUCUAUUUCAAAGUAAACAUUUGUAGUACAGUUGAUUCCCUUUGUUAUAGUAUGAUUGCUCUUACCUGUGCCAAAAGAGAAAUUAUUCUCUGUGAAGAUUUCAUAAUUUCAUUCUAUGGAAGAAAUGUGGUUUGACUUAUAUUUACACAGGAAAGACCAAAAUGGAUCUGUAUCAUACUUAACGCUCUGCUGAAGUUCAGUGUUCUGCUAUGUAGUAAAAAUUGCUUAGAGGAUGAAUCAUUGAUUCAUUAAAAACUUGUAGUUAAAUGUAUUACUAAAAUAAGAAGUUGAUUUUCUAACUCUGCCAUUCCUGGUUGCUGUUGUAUACUACUUUACAGGUGUUAAACACUGAUUCUGAUUUUUAUUUUGACUGGAGUUUAAGUAUUUCAAUUUCUGCAGCAUCAGGAAUGGCUUCAGAUGUUAUGGCUGAGACUGUGAGAAUCUUUGAUGGGUUCUCAAGGAUUUGUAAAAAUGGAUUUGUAAAAUAUCAAAGUUACCUUACUACAGAACUGAAAGCAAAUCUAUUGUUUUUUAUCCAAAUAGGAUUUGGAAGUGUAAUUGAAAUUCAUUUUAAGGCUUUAUAUUGUGGAGACUAUGGACUAACUUGCUCAGAAAAGAAGGCAGAAUCGCUUUUUGUGGCAGUCUUUAUUUCUAUUAUACAUUAUGAAAAUGAGUUGACCAACUGGUCAAUCCAAUUAAUUUAGCUUGGUUUACUUCCUUUGACAUAAGCUCUGAAUAUCCGGUGCAGAUAAUUUCACAGCUUCUCUCUUAGGCCACAUCAGAGUAUGUUCUGUCAGAUCAAAUUCACCUUAAAAGAAAGGGUAUCUGCAGGUCCUAUACUGCCAUCAUAAAAGAAGACUCACUGAAACAUGUUGAGGUUAGCAUUAGUUGUUAAGCUUUAAUGGCCUGUUUAGCUAACUUCAUUGUAGUAUAUAUAUCUGAAUUAAAUAUAUUUUUUUAUAGGAAACUGAUCUUUUGGUGGUCAGGUAAUGAUCAAUAACAUCGAUAACACGUGAUAAACAUUUUUAAGUAGUUUAUUAACAUACAGAAUUACCUAUGAGCUGUAUGAUUUGCAUUCUGUAUUUCUUCUGGCAUUGUGUGUUGGUACUGGGUAGUUUAAAGGGAAAGACCUGCAUUUUUAUCUUUUGGAACUGCUGAGUGUAAAACUCUUCUGCAGUCUUUGAUUAUCUGAAAAUGUAAAACUAGACAUCUUUCUAAAAAUCUGAUGAACAGUAAUAGUUACUUUAAAUAUCUUAAUUUUAAUUACCUGUUAAAGUAACUUUCAGUUUAAAGAUGCAGUGUAUCUAUUUAAUUGCAGCAGUAUGCAAGAUCUAAAGGUUGGAAUUCAGGGUUUUAAUAUGGUGUUUCCUUACCUCUCUAAUUUCAGUAGCAUACAGUUCUGAGGUUGAGCUGCUUGCUGUACAUAUGCUUCCCAGAUGUCCCUGAUGUUCUGAAGCUCUUCAGUGUGUCAGAAUAACUUCCGUUGUCUAACUUUAAUGUUGUUUUCUUCCUCCUUGUGGAACAAAAUGGUCCUUAUUCUGCAAUUUCUAGGCAUUAAUUGAGUAAGAAAUCAGAAGAAUACAUAGAAAUGAAGUGCUAUUAACAUUUCCAUUACUGUUCAAAUUCAAAUACCAUUAUGAGAUAAGCACAUUUAUUUACUGGCCUGUAGGUACUUAAUGGAAGGCUUUUGGCACUACCCUUUCAACUGCAGAUAUUGGUGUUUAAUGGAAGUUAAACUUCGACCUUUCUUCACUUGCUUUCAGUCUGGUGUUAAAUCCUCUUUAUCAAUGUUAUAGCCUAUCAAUCUGGAAUAAAUUUCAUUUAAGGCAUGCCCUUUGUAUUAGAUGUAAAUUGAUAGUAAGAUUUUACCCAGUAUGUGGUUUGGCCAAUGUGAGAAUCUGCUCCAUGGAACAUGGGUAGGUUUGAUUCUGAAGCCUUCAGCAUUGGGUUCUAAAAGGGAGAAAGGGCACAAGUGUGUAAAUGACACUUAGACCCAUGCAGAAAGAUUCAUGAUGACCUAGAUCAUUUGGUAUAGAAAUUCACCAAGGAAUGGAACCAUAGGAUUUUUAUUACUAAAAAGCUGAUUACUCCCAAGAAAUAAAGGAGGAUUCUGCUUCAGUAGAGAUCAACAGCAUGAAAUGUAGUCUUGUACAUCAAAUGGAAUUCUAGUAAUUGCUGCAGCCCUUAUAGCCAUUGAGCUUCAGUCUGGAAAAAAUGUUCCUUCCUUGUGCUCUGUAUGGGUUUGGUAUUGCGUCCUCAGGGAACUCCACUGAGAUGGACGGAAAUUUUUUUACCAGCAGUACUAUUGUUCUACUACCUGCAUAAUGUUCUCUUACCUUAAAUACAUACAGUAAAAGUCAUAGCAAAGUUGAAUUUUUUUCAAUGUAUAAGUGAUUUCUUUUAGUUUCUCACCUGUCAUUUGUGAUUUUUCUCCUUUUAAUUUCUCAUAGUCAAAGAAAACUCUUACUGAUAGAGUUCUUGUUUUUGAACUUUUUAUUAUGCUAUUGUGUAGCAUUCUGUGAUUUAGUGUCUCAUGAUAGCACUUCUGUUUCUUCCUCUUAUUGAGUGUAUGCUAACUAUUCUGAUUGGAACAGCUAAUACCGAGUUCAUCGUUGCAUUGCUCUGGGUCGUUUGACUGAAGCGUUCACCCAUUUCCCAACUUUUUUUUAAGUUUUCUUCCUCUUUUUCAAGACAGAUUUAAAAAAAAAAAAAAAAGUCAGCUGAGAAGUGACUAAAAGUAGACUUUGGUUUUCAGGAUUCCCAUUAAUGUCAAUUAUAUGUGAAAAGAUCACUAAGCUUCUGAUGCCAGUCAAGUUUGCCUGUUUCUUACAGUACCAGUUCAGAGCCAUCCACAAGGAUUUUUAUAUAUGGUUUCUUUUCAGAGCAUAACCACAUAUUAAAAGUUCAAGGAUAGUCCUGGUUCUCUUUCUAUGGGAAGAGGAAGGACAGCUUACAUGCUUUCAAUACUACUUAUGUUGCAAGCUAACACAUAAUCAAACUUUUUUUUGUUGUUCUUCCAGUUGAAGGUAUCUCUGUUCUGCACUGCAAGUCCAGCCAGUUCUCUAACACACUGUUAAUAGCCAUUCUCUUCUCCGUUGGUUCAGUGUUGGCAUUAAAAGUACACAAAAGCUGAAAAGAACAUGCAGCUGGAUGGUAGGAUUUUUUCUUAUUACUUUUCCAAAUUUUUACAUCUAAUCUUUUAGGUUGUUUUUUUUUUGUUUGUUUGUUUGUUUGGGGUUUUUGUUGUUGUUGUUUUGCUAGUUUACUUCCUUGCUUGUUUGCUUUUAAAUAAUAACGUAAUAUUUGCAAUUCUUCGCUUAGAAACAAAUAAGCAUUUACACUCCAAAGAGAAGCCAUUAAAGAAAAAUUUGCAACAUGGCAAACUUAACAGACUUCCUAAGAAACAUAAUUUGGAAGAUGUCCUGAGCCUGUUACCAUUUUUUUUCCAAAUCCAUUGACAUGGCUUCUUUAAUUGUUUUACGUUUUGUUCCUUGUUUUAAAUUGCUUUCAGUGCAAAUAUUGUACUCAUCAUGCAUAGCCUACCAAAACAAAACUUCUUGUUGGAGGGUUUUGUGCACCUUUUCUCUUUUAGAGGGCCUGGAUUAACAGCUGUAUAAGGCAGAAAUACCACCUAGAAAAAUUUCAUGCUGUUACAGUCUGACAGUAUAUAAAUUCAUAACCUAUGAAAAACCUGCCUACCAUUUAAAUUCCAAAUCUCUUUCCAUUAAAGUUCCCUGGAUUUUCUCCAGAGCUCUAACGGUGUUUAAAAAUAGUGUGGCACCACAUAGGUAAUGCUAUGGGUUUGAAAUUAGCGUAGACGUUAGCUCUCUGUUAUCACUUCAGCUACCAAAAUUUAAAGUUUGUUUACUUAUUUGUGCAGCACUUAACAGGAUUUGAAAUUAAACAAACAAACAAAACAGCAAUCUAGUGACAAAGAAUGUUUUCAGUCUCAUUUUACUUUUAUUGAUACCCUUUGGUCCUGUACUACUGACAGCAGUGACUUUUCAUGGUGAGUAGUUAUUGAGGAAUGGAGGGACAGCAGGACCUUUCCUUUGGACUAGCAUCAAUACUAGGUUGACUCAGAGAGUUUAACAGUUCCUGCUUUUUCUCUGAUUUUUUUUUAGUAAGUUCUCAUCUGUAAAAUGUAGAAAAAUAGAAAAUAUAUGCUUAGCAAAGAGUAGCCAUGUUUUUUUUCUCUCAGUUAUCCUAGACCAAAAGAAAGAAUCUGUUGCUCUGACCCAUUGCUUUAUCAAAGUGUUGCUGAGAGUUGUUUGAAGUCGGGCAGUGUUCACCAAAAUGGGCUGUGGCUUGGGCUAAUUUGUAGGCACUUUACUCUUAAGCGCAGUAGCUGAAAUACGGCAGUCUGUAUUCCACCAGCCGGUGACUGGUAUUUUGUCCAGGUUGUAGUGAAUUCUUCUGAAUGAGUCACUUGAGAACUAUAUUAACCUAGCCAAGGAAAUUGGCUCAGCAGAAGGGAAACUUAAGCUACUCCCAGAAGAAUUAAUAGUAAUACAUUGAAGUAGCAGUGUUGCUGAGUAGCGUAAGGUAUUCUCUAACCUAUUUGUUGCUAAAUUCUCUAGAAACAAAUUUUUCAUCUCGUUUCCCAAUUCAGGUAAACCUCAUUCCCGGAUAAGCGUAAAGAUGAGCACUCCAACCAUCUAUAAUUUCAAGUACUGAUGGUUGCCCCCCAGUAAUCGACAACACAGCCUGCCAAUUGCAGCUUCACUGUAGCAUUUUUUCACAUCUCAUGGAAUUAUUUUGGACGUUCUUUGACGAGAUUGUCAGAGCUCUCAGCAGCUGUUUGUCUGAACUUCAAGUACUAAGUGUGUUUUAGUCAGUUUAGUCAGGCCAGGCCUCACCUGCAGUUGUACCUUCUUGUAGGCACUUCCUUCAGCUUGGCAAUAAAAAGGGGCUGUCAGGAGUUCUAGAAGAGAUGUGUUGUUUCCUAGCUGGCAGGGAGUAUUCGCUGUGUUACCGUUUGCUGUUGAAGUCAAAAUGCCUGUUCCAACUUGCUUUUUGAAUAGAUAUUUAUAUAGGAUGUUGAUAUGAAGGAGAAAGGACUUUGCCUCUCUAACUGAAGGUCACAUGCAUAUAAUGUUUUACUGCUGCAAAUAAAAAGUAUGAUUUUUUUUCAGUCAUUCUUUUUAACUUCCCCCCUUUCCCAUACAGUUACUUUCUGCUAUUGUUUGGCAGUGGAUUGCUGCUUCAGCAGCCUUCAGGAGCAUCCAGUAAUUCAGGUUUAUUUGCUUUUCAGCACCAGACGCUUGAUUUUUGUUUCAUCUCACCAGAAUAAUUCAUUUUUUUAAUUUAUUAGUGAAAUGAUCUUAUUCACUACAUAAAAAACAAACAGGAGGCGUUAUUCUUUCUUACGGAGGAAACCACCAAUGUUUUCCUUACUUUUGGUGCAAUGUUUGUACUCUCUUAAAAAGCUUCAGUUUGGCAUCUCUGGCAAGAUGACACAGUGCUGAAGGAGCUUGGUGCAUUUGAAAUGAAAGCUGGCUUCUCAUUUCUGAAAUAAUUUUACUUUCUAAAUCAAACCAGUGUGGGCUAAAACUGUGUACAGAAAUGCUGCUAAAAUUGUUUCCACGUCAUGUCAGCAUGGAUCUGGAAGAGCUGCUGGGCAGUGAAGGUUCCAAGUCUUGCCUGCCUUCUCUGAGUUUUCUGGUUGACAGCCAGGAAAUCACUGUCUUCUUCCCCCAUCUUCCCAACCUCUGUGAGUAUCUCCUCCUCAGCCCAGUCUUCCCCUCACAGGUAGCAGAAGGGUGUGAAUGGAUAAGCAAAUUAAUUUCCAGUGACAAAUUUCUUUCAAAUUUGUGCAAGAGUGAAUGGAAAUCUGCAAGGCAGUUGUGAUUUUGCUUGAGGGUUUUGCUUUGUCUAUUAAUGUCUCUGUUUUCAUUUCACGUUUGGAAGUCUGACUUUCAUACAGUAUUUCUGUAGGUGUUACCACUUCCUCAGGAACCUGUGACUCAGGCAGUGUAUAAAUGAAAUGACAUCACUGGCAACUUUUGUUUGAAUUGCCUAUUUCCUAAAUAGGGACUGUCGUUUUUUUUCUUUUAAUACUUGCAUCAUUGUUUUCUGUUUUGUUUUGUUUUUUGAGAGAGGAAGGGGAAAUGAGGGCUUUUGAUUAUCUAGGACUAUUACAAGUAACCAACUGAAUGUGUUUUAUCCUUUUGAAUCAUUGAAAUCAACAGUGCUGAAGUUUACUUAAAACAGGAGAUUAGCAUUUCUACACAAAGUAUUUUAUGAAUGAAAUCAUUGCAAGUAUGUGUUAGCAGAGAUUCUUUUGGUACAAAGCAUUCUUAAUUUACUGCUGAUGUGUUGAGAGAGGGACAGUGGGCAAACAAGAAGAGCCUGAGCAUAAUUUUCCGUAUUAUUUUGGACGUAAAGCAAACAAAAAACUGUGUUUUCACACUACUGGUUGAGCUUCAGAUUUAAGUGGAUCUCCCUUGCUGCUCCCUCACUAGUGUGUACUCACUACAGGAGAUUCUUGGUAUGUUUCAGUGUUUCCUUCUCCGUAACUGAUAUUUUUCAGUGAUAUCACUCCAUGCAUAUAUAAAUAAAUGUGAAGACCCGGAGUAAAAUUUGCUUGUUAGCCGAGUGACUCCAAAGCAGGGAGGAGCACUGGUUAUAGCAGACAUGGUACAGGGAAACCUUCAGCAGCUGUGUUUCUUCUUUGGACAAAAUUCCCCAUGACGUCACUUCAGGAGUUGGCUGUUAAACCGUGAAGAGUAAUGUCAGGAAUCAUUGUCAUCAGAGGAACGCGAGGAGUUGGAUGUCUGUCUGGAUCGUUUAUUCGUAGUGCUGCGGGACAGGCUAUAAAAGCGUUGCGUUUAUUUAUUAUUGUCAUGCGCAAAGGAUCACUGUUCUUUUGUUUAAAUAGCAACAGCUUUGGGACUUUGUAAGACAUGGAUACAACAGAACAUCAUCUGAGUAUGGCAGAGUCCCUUUGGCUGUGCUUUGAUUUUAUCAGUUCUUACCAAGUGGACAGUCACUUUGUGGUUGCACCUGAAGGGAAAACUGAAAUGAGGUCUGUGUAUUCAGGGAGGUGGAGUUGGUGACUACUACCAUAGGUUGUGGUUUUUCUUCUGCCUGUGUUAUUUCACGUCAAACUUUGGCACAAUUAAGAACUGUAUAAUUAAAGUCAUUGCACUAAAGGAAAGCACUAAACCAAAGUCUUGGGAAAAAAAAAAAUGCUAUGUUUCGUAGGGUUUUGUUUUGUUUCUAAUAAUACAGAGGGCCUGGUAAUUUCUUGGGGUUGUUUUUGUUUUUGUUUUUGUUUUUGUUUUUUGUUUUGUGUGUGUGUCUGUGUGUACGUGUGUACAUGAGCUUUCUUUUUUUUCCUUUACUUAAUAUUUCAGUCAUCCUUCCCAAACUUUCUGUUCAGUCUCCUUUGCAUCCUUUAUUUUCUAAAUGACCUUUAUGCAGGCAUCCUGUAUGCUGUUAAUGAAAAACUCUUCCUGGAGUUCCACCCAGUAGCUAUUGGAGCAGUGGUUACACGUUAUUCUUGGUACUAAGUCAGAAAUGCUUUGAGAUGAUAGAUGGUAUAAAUGUAACAGCAUUCCAAUUAUUUGGUCACUCAAACAAAAAAAAAAAAUUUUUUCCCCCACUUUAAUUAAAAUAUUUACUGUUGAAUGUCUCUUGUGUGCCAAAUUAGGUAGUAGUUGUGGUUUUCUCUGCUGUAAUAGUUAAGAAUGAGUGAGCUAUGCAUACCCUGCCUCAUGAACCAUGCAGGGCAGCAGCUGAUGUAUGGAACAUAGUUGGACCGUCCUCACCAACUGCCUGAUGCUUUUGAUAGACUAGUGCUCUCAGAAAUCCCAGGAGAAAAACAUUUAAUUUCUUGCUAACUUUCUUGCUAACAGUUCAGCACUGUUUAGCAAACACUGCAAGCUUAAAACAGACUUCUUUGUAACUCUUUGCUCAGAUUUGAAGAGGAGGAAGAGCAAGCAAGUCAACUGGUGUGUGCACAGCAUUUCUCUGUUGCUGGAGAUAUUCGAGUUUAAUUUCCAACAAUGGCAGGUAUGACAUAAUCUAGUUUCCUGCUGCUAAUAUUUGGAAAUGUCAUUAAGAGAUUCUGAUAGAUAAUGUCAAGAUGAACAGUGCUUAAAAAUCGACAAGGAACAGUGAAUAAUAGCAUACCCAUUGAUCUGAGAUACUGGAAAAGAAUGUGAUUUAAAGGUCUGUGACACUGAUUAUAUAGAUGAGUAUUAGCAGUAGGCUGUGUUUUUGUUUUUGGUGGCUUUUUUUUUUUGCCAUAAGGACAUGCAAUGGCAUGUUGUUUCAGAAUAUGACCAAAUUAUUGAUUUUAAAUUAUUUUGUUGCUAUAGUUUUAAAUGAUUGUGGCUUCAUACAUUUUUGAAGCCAAAAUGUUCGGUUCCAGCUUACGUAGUAUGCAGUGAGCUUUAAAAGCGCUUAUUUUUGAAAGAAAGUUUGUCCUCUUCAUAACUGCCAGAAAUGUGGGAAGAAGAAUUGAGACAGGACACAUACACAGUGGCCACCAUUUAGUUUUGGCUUCCAUUUGAAGGGGGUUUUACUUAGUGACAGGGCACCGCCAAUAUUUGGCAGGGAUCUACGAGCUUGCCAAAUAUCAAAUGGCUCUGUGAUUCUCUGUCAGGCAUUUCUUUACACUGCUGCACCUUUGGAUAUAACAGUCCCCUUUGUAGGGCACUUUUAGGACCACAAAGAUGGUGAAGGACCUACAGUAAGAUGUAUGAGGAGAGCCUAAAGUCUUCUUGUUUUUUGAGCAUCAAGGAGACUGAGGGGAGAGCUUGUGAUGGCCUACAGCUUUCUCACGAGGGGAGUGAAGUGGCAGGUGUUGAUCUCUCUAAUGACAGUGGCAGGACCUGAGAGAAUGGCAUGGAACUGUGAGGAGGAAGUGUCAGGCUGGGUGGUAUGGGAAAUUUCUUCACUAGAGGGUUAUUGGGUGUGGAAUAGGCUCUCCAAGUCAUAGCCCCAAGCUGCCAGCAUUCAAAUAGUGUUUGGACAGCACUGGACAUAGGAUUUGAAUUUUGAGUGUCCCUGUUUGGAGUUAGACUUAACAAUCCUUGUAAAUCCCUUCCAACUCUACAAUCUUUCCCUCCCAUCCAUUGCCUGAGCUUGUUUUGGUAGAGUGUCUUCUGUUGGUUAAGUACCUAAUAUAGCAAGACCAACAUUUGAGUCAACUAGUCAAUAGAACGGCAGGUGAAUAACAGAUCAUACAGGUAGAUCUCUUCUCUAAUGUUGCCUACUGUAGCCUUUUAAUUUAAUCAGUUUGGUCAUGGAGUUAGUGAAGUUCAUUUGUCUCCUUUUUUGGAUGCUCAAAGCCAGACAUCAGUGUUGUCUUAAACCGGGUUGCAGAAUUCUGAAGGGACUCUGAUUUCACAUGUAAAGAUAAUCUUACACUAUUAAGCAUGUAUUUUAAAAUUUUUAUGUGUGUAAAGGAGAAAUAAAUAAAUCUGUUGUUAACUUUCAAA